GCUCGAGAAGCGACGUGCUGGUGACCCUCCUGUUCCCCAUGCAGGCCCAGGCCAACCAAGUGGAUCGUCACAUCAAGCAGUUGGAAAAGAAGCUCCAGCACGGUCUGGAUCAGUAUACUAAGUGGUCAAACUGGCUCGCCGACAAGAAGGAGUCCAUUGGUGAGGUGCGGCGCGAGCUGGCGGGCGAGAUGCAGAAGUACCAGGGCCUGGUGGAUGAGCUUCGGGCCCAAGUCUGUCCAGCGCCCGCCACGCCACAGAAGCCUCGCCUCGCCCUCCAGGACUUCCUGGAGGAGUCCAGCGGCUUCCUGGACACGGGCAGCGUCGGGGAGGUCUUCGGGGUGGACGGCUCAGUCUAUGAGGUUCCGGAGUCCGACACCCGGGAGUUCGAGAAGAGGACCACGCAGCUCAGGGAGUCGAUACAGAAGGCCGCUCGCCAGCUCUCUGGCGAGGCCCAACGGCGCUUCAAGAAGCUCAAGGGGGAUCACGCCAAGCACAUCCAGAGCAUGGGUAAGAAGCGCAAGGUCGGUACGUCAG